AUCAUUAAUUAAAAGAAUGAAACUGUGCACUUGAAUAAAAUUUUUGAUUUCCAAUAUUUCUUUUGUUUUGAAGAAUUGGACUUUACAUAGAAGUGAUGAUUGUUCUGCGUACUGUACUGGCUUGCUUGUUCUUGGAGUUAGUAUCAGGAAGCAGGAUGUUUAAGAAAAUGAAGAAAAUCUCCAAGCCAACAUGGGAUCAAUUUACUAAUAGACAGAUUGUUGAGUCCAGCAUCAUAGAGUGUUCUGGAGCCUGUGCCAGGAUGAAGGAUACAUGCAAUGCUGUGCAUUUUGAAGCUUCAAAUAAUACUUGCUCCUUUGCACAGUUGAGUUUACUGGAGGAGCCUCCUGAGGAGAAAGCACUUUCUGUGUUCAUGAAAGCUCAAGCGUUCAAAUCUCUGGAACAAAAAGAAAGUUUUCUUCUAAUUGGACAAGGGGUUGACUUGGUCCAAUCAUAUCCAUGUAAUUUUACUUUGCCUGUAGAUUUUUAUUAUACUACAGGAGGGAUUGCAGUUCUCAACGGAAAAGUCUACAUUUACAACCAUAAAACCAAUAAGUGUUACCACCGUAGCAUGGUGUUGUCUGGACCCUGGGAUGAAAUACCAGACUGUGUGACACCUGCUAGAAGUGCCCCCGAUUUGACAACUGUUGGACCAUAUAUUAUGAUGACCGGGGGCUAUAAUGGGGGUCUCCUUGAUAAUAUUGAGCGCUUUGAUGGUACAACGUGGACAACCCUUAGCAAAAAACUAAGCCAAAGAACAGCUGAUCACUGUGCUGUAGAAAUAAGUUACACAGAAAUGAUUGUUCUUGGUGGUAAUCAGCGGUGGGCAAUGGUUGAGAAAUAUGAUGUUGAUGGAAAUAUGGUUGAAACACUACCAAACCUCAAGAUAGGAAGAAGAUACAUUGGAUGUGGUAUUUUUCAAGGAGAAAUCUACGCUGCAGGAGGAGGUGGCCAUUCUAGUGUGGAAGUGUACAAUUUUGAGAGCAGGACCUGGAGAAUGAUUUCCAGCUUCAAAUCAGCUGUACAGUUCCCUAACUUGCAUGUUUACAAGGGAAAUCUCAUCAUGUUUGGUAUUAGUAACACAAUUGAGAUCUUUAACGGAGAAACAUGGGAGACUGCAUCUGAGUCUCUUGGAAAGAACUUUACAAAUGGUCUCUCAGUCAAAGUACCCUGCCAUUGAGCAUCUUGAAUUUCGAACGCCAAUUUCUUUCAUUUGCUCUAAACUAACUAACACUGUCAUCUCUUUCUAUUCUGCUCUCCCAAGUAGCACUACAGGUUUUGAGAAUUUUAUCUAAUAUACAGGGUUACCAAGAGGGAUAUACAGGAUGAAAGUUCAAAAGGCUGACUGUUGUCUGAUUCAAAAUAAUUAGACAAAGAAAUUCACAAGAUAAAAGCUAUUGAUAUCCAUGAAUUUGAGACGGUUAAAUAAACUCGGAUAACUCUUGUCCUUCAUUAUUAACCCUGUACCACUACCUGAGUGUACAGAAAUACUUUAAAAUAUUACCUAUAAAUGUAAAUUGCAGCCAAAUGUACCUACUCCCAUAUAAUCAUGAUAUGUUACAUGAAGCUUUAGAAUAGCUUCGAUUUAAAUCAUUUUUAUGACUGUUUGCUGUAAAUUUUACUACAAGCUGUGCUGUAAACUUAAGAUUUAGAAUUCAAAGAAUUGUUAGCUUUUCAAAAAAUCGACCUCCAUAAUGAUCUUUAAUUUGUUUUUAAUUACUGAAUGAGUUCUGAUUUUUCAAUUUUUCGCUUUAA